GAGCACAAACCAUCGACGUCACUGACGCUCGAUGACGAGUGACGUGCACUAUGACUUGAUCAUAGAAUGAGUAUAUAAACCCUCGUCAUCUGCGCAGACCCUAUCAUAUCGCUUAUAACUUAACUCGAACCCACCACAACCCACAUAUCGCUUAUCAUGUCUGAAUACAAGAAAGGAGACAAGGUCGAGUACAGGCCCAUCGGUGGUGACUCGGAUAAUGUAUCCCACAGUGUUGGAGAAGUGGUAGAAGUACAAGGGUCUGGCGCAGUCAGUAUAUUCUCCGUCAACCCGGCACAUCCUCUGACAUUUCCGCAGGAUGCCAAGUACACUAUCAGGAAUGACAAUACUGGUAAGGCUACCACUUAUCAGGAGAAGAACAUCGUCUCCAAGGCAUAAAUCCACCCGAGUUUCACCUUAUAGCACCUUU